AUGACCAAGACCACCGCCACCCGCCAUCGCCGCUGCCAAUCACGAUGGAGGCGCCGAUCGAAGAGCCUGACGCUGCUGAGCAGCAACAGCAGCAACAGCAAUCUCCCGCCUUGUACCGGUAGCUUCACUAAGCAGUACCGCCUCCCUUGCAGCCAUAAGAUCCUCGAGCUCAUGAAGGGCCAGCAGCCGCUCACAAAGGAGCACAUUCAUCCACGCUGGUGGUUGCGGCAGCCGCUGAAUAUCCCCAAUACGCUACUCAACAUCAAGGACCCCGAAAUUGUGAAGACUCUACGAUGCCGCACGCGCAAUAAGCCCAUCGCCUACCGCGAGGAGAACCAGCCCCCAUCGUCAAGUGCCCCUCAGCCAAAGGCAAAGGCACCUCGGAAGUCCAAGAACCCGGCGCCGAGACCCGUGAAGCAGAGCAUUCGUCGAAAUCGGUCGGAAUUUGAGGAGGACGAGGACAAAUUGGCGCUGCCGGCGGCAUCUCAGCAGAGUACUCAAGAUACGAUUAUGGUAGCAUCGGGCCCUCCGCCGCCCGCGGCAAAGAAGAGACGUGGUGGACGCCGUGAUUCUGCUCCGUUUUCGUCCGCCCCCGUCUAUUUCUGGUUCUGA